AUGAAAUCACAGUUGGCGGCAGAGUUCUCACAUUCUCAGUCUCAGGAUGGACAAGCAAGAACCUUUUCAUGGUCAGCUGAUGGCUUGCCUUUACAACGAGACUCUAAGGUUAUAAUGCAUAGAGCAAAGCAGGAAUUGUAUUCGAAGUCUUUGAUGAGAGCCAACCAGAUCUUGAUGCCCAUGAAAUGCAAGCAAGUGAUGGAGGUCAUGAUGUCCCGGCAUCUGUUCAAACUAUCAAAGAAGAGCUGGAACGAUUCUCAGAGCUUUCAUGAGCCAUUGCCCCAUCCUGGAAGUGCAACAAUAUGGGAUAUGAAGGACAUGGAUCGGGCGCUUGCGGUACUUCUUCUGCGCUAUGGUGUGGAGUACAACACGCUGGCGGCUCUGCAUGGGCGCAGGAUCAACACCGUCGCAGAUCUCUCACUUGUAAGUCAAAGUUUGAUUUCUUCAUUAGACAUCGCAGCGGGUGACAAAUGGAAGUUGCUUCUCCUCUCUCAACAAAGUGCAACUCAAUCGCUGAAAAGAGAAGACGAGAGAGUUCCGCUUCUGAACAGAACGAGGCCAAACACUGUUCCCAGUGCGAGCAGACCGGUGUGGCGAGAGACCGCUGAGCUCUGGUCACUGCCCAAGAAGGACGACAUCGCAUCAUUAUCAUCUAUACUACAGGACUCGACUAGAUCACUGAGAGGACUUGGUGAACCUGACAGCGAUCGUGGAAGAAACAACAUUCCUCUCAGGCUGCCAGACUCGAGUACCACGAUGCCAAGUGAUCCCGAGGCGUUCAAUCAGGUGCAACAGAAUCCACCGGAUGUUCAAGUACUUUCAAGCCGAUCACGUUCUUCUGAACUUUCCACCUCAAACUCAGAGAUCGAACGAUUGCAGCUUCAGCUGCAGGAGAUUGAUAGAAGAAGAAGCGUGAUGGAAGGAUUGCAAGACAUGUUGUCCACCAAAUUGAAAAUUCGUCUAGGUAGGGCCUCCUCCUCGUCCGCCGACUGGACGAACAAAGACACGGAAACUGAGAGCGAGAAGUCAGGAAGCUCUCACGACAAGAUCGGGCAACCUUUGAUAUUUGCAGGAGAGAGUGUUGACAGUGAUGAGAAGAAACACGUAGAUCGUGCCCCUUCCUUGAAGAGCGAAUACUUCGAGGACAACAUCGCAUGCAGCCAUUACCUCCACGAGCAUCUCCGUGCUGUGUGGUUCUCACCUGACCUGAAGCAACGGAUGUGCUAUUACUGUGCAGAAAGCGCCACAGAUCGCGGCCAUCGUCUCGUGGGAGGCCUUCCGCAAUUUCAGAAAUCAAGAGAAUGGAGCACACUGACGUCCUCGGACGAUGUCGUGUACAAACUGAAUGCGGGAGAAGAGAUGAUUGUAAGUCUCUCCAAGCUCAAGUGUCCAUGUGCGACUUGCAGUGCAGCGUGUCAUAAGAUCUUUUGUCAAGAUGCUGGGAUGUGUUUUUAUCACCACAAUUACAUUUUUGAGACGCAAUCAGAUAUCUAUGGUUGUCGAGACAUUCGUUGGGUCUGCGGUCCCAGAUAUCUUGAAGCCAUUAAGGGAAAAGAUGGAAUGUCCCUGAUCGUUCGUCGUGGAUACUGUCAGUAUGGCCAGCCGCUGGAUUCCACAAUUUCAUCCUUCAUGCCGCUGCCAAAGAAGGUACAGAGGCUCCCAAAUCCUUUUCGACUGAAUAUCUGCACGUUUGCUCCAAUCGACAGCCGCACGCGGCCUGUCACAGCAUCUGUCCAUUUCUUCAUCAAGUUCCUGAGCUUGACAUGGCUUCUCGAAAGAAGUUCACAGCAGCAUGCGGUCUUCCAGCUGGGCAAGAGACACCCGUUGAGUGACGAGCAGCUUGACGUAACCCUUUCCAAAACUGCAUCGUCAUCAUCAACAACAUCAUCGCUAGAUGACAAGAAAUUGGUGCAUUCUCGAUUAGGGAUCCAACUGGCAGGAAAGGAAGCAGUUGUUGACGAGGGCGAAGGAGAGAGCUAG